AUGCUUGCUAGCAUAUGGCCAUCAUGGCUUUCCAAGGAGAAGGAGGAACCUCAAACCGAAGCGGACUCAAAUUCAGAUGUGGCGGAUGAGUCCACACCGAAAGCACAUCCCGUGACCCCAUCCUUGGAUGUGCCAUCAUUCACACUGAGUGGCGACGACGCAGAGACGAAUAGCUCGACUGAUCCCUCACCAACGACACAUGAAGUCCCGAUGUUUCCUGCAGCUAACAGUGCUCAGCGUGCCGAUCGCAUCGCGCCAGCCAACGAACAACGUUCUAAACCGUCAGUCUCCGGACCCGCGUCGCUCAUGCUUCCGCCCAGUCUCUCGACAGGCAAUCCCCGAGGCCUCACGGCAACAAACGCUCCAAGAGGUCCGCUACCAAACCGCGGUCCGCCUGCAAACAGCCAACAGCGGGUUAAUGGUGGCCUGUCCCCAAAUGGAGUCGCUGGCGCCUCCAAGGGUCGUGGCAAAGUGCUCCUGAAGCCGGGCCAUUCUCCCAUGGAUUGGGCGGCAUUGAUCCGGAGCGGGAACCUCAGUGGCGUGGACACAUUCCAACGAGUCACGCCAAUCCAACUCAAGGCCAUGACAGGCCGAAAGGGCAAGCCGGCGUGGAGCAGCUGGCAAGGCAAAGUCUAUAACAUCACGCCCUAUUUGCCUUUUCACCCUGGAGGCGAACCAGAGUUGAUGAAGGCGGCUGGUCGAGACGGAACUAAACUUUUCAUGGAUGUGCAUCCGUGGGUGAACUGGGAAAACAUGCUGGGUCCGUGCCUGGUCGGUGUUCUGGUCCCAGAAAACUAUGCCAGUUCCUCUCUUGAGGACAUGGAUUGA